AAUCCUUACCUACACCAUUUUCUCAUCUACAAACACAUACAUGAAUGUAUAUAUAUAGCUAGAGCCACACCCUUCACAAGCCAUACAAUUCACUUCCCACCUCAAACUUAACAAGAUUUCAAGUGUAGUACAGAAACAAAAUCCAAAACCAAAAACCAAAAAAGUUGAUCAUAUCAGCUGCAUCCAUGGCAGAAGAGGUCGGAUUAAGCUGGUGGAAUUCCCCCCAAAAUCUCUUCAAUUCGUCGCCAUGUUCGCUAGGGAGCUUCGUUUGGCCCAAGCCCGAUCUUCACCACCACAACACAGGAGUCGGCCUUUCGCCUCCGGAUAGCUGGAAUCAUCAAGAUAUGCUCGGAAAAUCAGAAGAAAAUUAUUCCAAUUUUCUACUCGAUUCAAGCAUGAAUUAUCGGCCUUCCAGCAAAGAAGAUUCAAGUUUUGGUGAAUCAUAUUCAACCUUGUUGCAGACUCUCUUCGACACUGAUUCUCAACCCCUUCCAUCUUCAUUUGAUCAUCAAACUGUUUAUGAUCAGAUGAAUUCAAAUGGAUUUUUGGGUAAACCUAAUGUUCGUCCGCUGCUGCAACCGCCGACUCAUUUCUUCCAAUCAUCUCUCAGCAAUCAGCAGCAGCAUCAACAAGCCACAGCGGUGAAGAAAGCGAGUAACCAACCUGCGUAUAAACGCCCGCGAAUCGAAACUCCAUCGCCACUGCCAACCUUUAAGGUUCGAAAAGAGAAGCUCGGGGACAGAAUCACCGCGCUCCAGCAGUUGGUUUCGCCUUUCGGAAAGACUGACACUGCAUCCGUUCUCCACGAAGCGAUCGAGUACAUCAAGUAUCUCCAUGAUCAAGUCCAUGGCUUAAGCACACCAUACUUGAAAUAUGGAGCAACAACGGUCCCGUGCCAAAAGAGGAAUAGGGAUGAAGAAGGGGUGACAAAGGACCUCAAAACUCGAGGACUGUGCCUCGUCCCUAUAUCAAGCACCUUCCCCGUUGCAGCCGAGACGAGCUCAGAUUUCUGGACACCAAGCUUCAGAUAGAUAUCAUGCCUAUUUACACACCAAAAAAGAGACAAUAAUGUAAGAUUUGGAAGUGGCAAGAAUGAAGGCCGCUCUCCAUUGUUGUUAUACAUGUAUUCAAGAAAAGCAAGGAAAAGGUAGAGAGGGAAAAGGGACAAUGCUGGGCCACAUCUUUGAAAGAAUGUUAGAACUAAUCAAUGUAGCAUUCCAUAUAAUUGUAAUAAAGAACAAUUGAUCAAGAGGAAGUUUAGGAAAAGGGACUACUAAACUUCUAGACUCUAGUUUAUUAGUAGUUUUUAAGGAGAUAAUUAAUGUGCACUAAGAAUUUCAAUUCUUGCUUCUUUGUAUUACUUAUGGAGAGUUUGAAUUAUUAUUUGUUAGUGGAGGAUGUACAUGUAAAGGGAGUUAGAUAGCA